AUGGCGGCCGACGACUUCUUCGUGCUGCACCUCGUGGACUCGGCCGACUGGGUCGCCGACCAUGAACGCACGCUGUGCUACGUCUGCACCCGGCCCUUUGGCACUUUCCGUCGCAAACACCACUGCCGAAUGUGCGGAGAGGUGGUUUGCAAGAACUGCACGCUCUACAAGGACGCCCACGUCGAUCCAGCGAUCGGCCCCACGCGGGUUCGCGUUUGCAUGUCCUGUGUCAUCAACAACUCGAACCAGCGCUCGGGUCGGUCCAUGGGUGCACCAUCGCCCCACCUUAGCGCGACUUCGGAGGCGUCACGCAUGUGGAUCCAGAGCCACUUGCACUCGCCGUCGUCCGGCCCACCGUCGGAACCGGACAGCGAGGAGCUGCAGCUUCUUCGCUCGCUCACGCCGAAGCCCAGACAGCCCUUUGAGCUCAGGGACGGGCACUUCAACGCGGAAGGCGAGUCGAGGAAGAGCCGCAAGAGGAAUCUGCACACCAACGAGCACAACAGCGAGCCUUCGUCCGACUGGGCCCACCCGUGGCCUCGACCGCCUGUGAGCACCGACGAAGGAGACCGACUCCGAGCCUUGUACGCGUUGCGUGUGCUGGACUCGGAAGCGGAGAACCCCUUCGACAUGAUCUGCGAUCUGGCCAAGGCGCGUUUGUCCUGCCCCAUGGCUGCGGUGAGCUUCUUGGACGAGCACCGCCAAUGGUUCAAGGCUAGCGCGGGUCUCGCCCACAAGAUGAUCCCGCGCAAGAUCGCGUUCUGCGCCUACACCGUUUUCAUGCGCGAGCCGAUGGUCGUGCUCGACACGCUCCAGGACCCUCGGUUCCGAAGAAACCCGCUGGUCUCGGGUGCUGCCGGUGUUCGCUUCUACGCGGCUGCACCGAUCCUAGACCCCAACACCGGCCACGCAGUCGGAAGCGUCUUCGUCCUCGACACUCGCCCCCGAGAGGCGUGCGAUAUCUCCAUUCUUGAGCGGCUGGCCCUCGCGGCAGGUGAAAACCUUCCUACGGUGCCCAACAACGACGAGCAGAAGGCUGUGCCGGAUAACAACGCUGCUGAGAGGCAAGAAGACAGUGCCAGUGCCAACCCUGCCUACAUUGCGGCUCAAAACGAGCUCCAAAGCUUUGGCAGGAAGAAGAUCGGGGUGCCGAUGUCCCCAGCGACGUCCACUUCGACGUCGUCCACGUCGUCGGUAGUGUCCGGGUCGUCGAACCAAGCGAUCGAGAUGCCGCCUAAAGCGGAGGACAACAACGACAGCGAGGAUAUACCAGAAGGCGAAAGAUCGUUGGCAAUGACGCAACUUUCCAUGGGGACGACCUCGGCGGGCGAGCAGAUGGAGGUGCUGCUCAUGCGCUUACUGACGCAAAACACCGAGACGCAGCAGCAGCUAGCUGUGCAACAGAUUUCGCUGUCCGCGAAGCUGGGAGAGCACACCCACCAGAUCAACAAGCUCAUGUCAGACUUCGCUCGCAUGGAAGCCAAGGUGGAGGCCAAGGUGGACAGCAGGGCCAACUGA